AUGACAGAGCAUCUCAGCCCCGACUCUCUAAAUCCCCUCGAAACCGACGAAGAAGCCAUUCUUCUAGCUCGAUCGCGGUCGCCUCAUCCAUAUCACCACCAGAAUACAGACCUUCCCCAUCUCUCAGAUCGCUUUACCCUCCGAAACCGCCAAGCGCAAUCCGCCAAGAGCAGUGACGAUGCUAGCCACGAACCAUCGCCUUCGACAUGGCCACCUUUCCUCAAAGACUCCCCGCAGACGAGCGAUAGCGGCUCUGAAGCUGAUGAUGAGCAUUACUUGAAAGGCCUACCAGCACCCAAGGCCAAUUUACACAAGGGAUUACGGGGUCUGAAUGAACCCCUCUCCGGCUCUUCAACACCUCUUCCGUCGCCCGCAAUUCUUGAUGGCCACACGAUCCGCACCGUCGACAAACCGCCUAUGCCUACCGAGACCCCGGAAACAAAACGUCUGCUUGAGGCUUUAAAACGGCGUAGACGUGUUGUUGUUCGACGUGUAACUGAGGCAGGUAACGUCUUGGCUCUAGGUCUCAUGGUGGCAUCGAAUUCCCAGGUAUCACAACUCUUGAAUAUCUGGGGCAAAGACAUUCUGAUUCUUGGCCUUCUAUAUGCAGGGCUACUCGUUUUGUAUCCCAUCCGGGUCAUCGCCUGGGCCUACCGUAAUCGGUCACCAGCUCAUCCGAUACCACUUGAACUUCCUGCGCACUUCGACCCCGCUCCCAUAUUAUAUCCUUCAGCAAUUACCCUUUUUGUGUCGCUCCUAAUAUCGUCGAAUAACCCGGCGGCUAUACUUCCCAACCUUGUGUUGAGUCUUGCUUCCAUUCCGCAAAGCGUCAUUCCAAAGGUCGAUCCUUAUGCCACAUACGACGUUGUAGCAUGGGGCUUAACUUGCAUUCCAUUAAUCUGGAGCCCAAAACAGCGUGAGAACUUCGAAAUUCGGCACCCAGAAGACUUUAUUUCAGGAGAAACAGCUAUAUUGCUAUAUCCUUUGCACCAAAGUUUGUGUAGAGUGCUGCAUUAUCUCACAACCACCAGUCUUUUGACGGCUGAACUUCAGCUACUCUCAGUCGCACUCAUCAAUGUCUUACUUUUGGCUUCUUCGCCACAAAUUGAGAUUCUCAAGGCCCUCUUAUGGGGUGGUGGCCUUUCCCUGCUAUUCUUCUGUGGCCCUAUCAUAAGAUGGGGGAUAGCUCUGGCUAGGGUCCCAAAAUGGCGAUUCCGCAGAGCGUCAAUCAGCCAACAACCACCCUUCUGGAAGAAUCUGAGGCAGUUGAUCUCUUGGCGUCGAUUGAGAAACGAAUUGUUAAGACCCGAGUAUGAGGAAGCAAUUUACGACACUGCUGGUUCAUCAGAAGACGAGGCAAGUUCCAUGUUCAGGAAACCAACAAAAGUUCGAACCUUCGGACCCAGCUUCCCUGCCCCAGGAGAGGUCGAUAGUCCGCCAUCUUCUCCUAAUGCUACAGAAGGUUUCGGAAAUUGGUCUUUCGCACGGAGGCAUACAUUACCGCAUCUUGAUCUGGGAAAUCGCCGCAACGCAACACAUACUCCUUCUGGGCGCAAGAAACGGGCGACAUCAAUGUCUGUUAGGCCUUUUUUCAAGCUCACCCAAGACCAAGCAACACUGAGGAAGUGGCUUUAUGCUGGAUAUGUCUAUGCAAGCAUCUUGGUGAUCAUCUUAGCUGGAAUCCGCACUUAUGUCGAGAGGUUUGCGCUCGGCGGCAACGAACCUAUCGGUUGGGCUCUAGGAUAUCUUCUUGGAGACUGGUCUUGGUUCCGGUAUCAAGUUGUAAGCUUGAAUCUAGAGCGGUGGGUCUGUCUGCCUCCUCGACUUGAUCCUGAAGAAGACAAGCAAUGCCACUUUGGAUGGGUACAGCAUGUUCGUCACAACGACUUUGGCGAAGCUAACACUCGACUCAUGUUGAGCGUUUACUGGCUUGGCAUCUUGAUUCUUGGCCUGGUAAUCGUUUUCCGCCUCAAGGAUAUUUAUGAGGUGGACACGCGGCGGAAGGUGUUUCACUUUAUGAUGGUUGGCAUGUUUCUUCCAGCAACUUUUGUCGAUCCUACCUACGCGGCUCUGGCCCUCUCUCUGAUUCUUGCGGUCUUUUUGAUCUUGGAUCUUCUGAGGGCUAGUCAACUUCCUCCGCUUUCGAAACCCAUCGCUUCGUUCCUUGCCCCAUAUGUUGACGGUAGAGAUUUCCGAGGUCCAGUUGUCAUUUCGCAUAUCUUUCUGCUGAUCGGAUGCGCAAUUCCCCUCUGGCUAGGCCUCGCUUCUCUACCGCGCACAGGAGCCGGGUAUCUCGCUGGCUGGGAGGUAUCAACUCGCGAUGUGAGCCUUGUCUCCGGCGUCAUCUGCGUAGGUCUCGGAGAUGCGGCAGCUUCUCUCAUCGGCCGUCGGUAUGGGCGCCGAAAGUGGUUCUGGGGCGGUGGUAAGAGUCUGGAGGGUAGCGUUGCAUUCGCCGCAGCUGUUGUUCUUGGUCUUGGUGCCGCGAGCAUGUGGUUGAGAACAGGCGGCUGGUCAGUCGCGGGCGAGCAACCUGGACUCAUUGCUAGCAGUAGAAACGCUGUGAUGUGCGCUUCGAUGGCAAGUUUAACGGAGGCUGUUCUUACCGGUGGGAAUGACAAUGUCAUUGUCCCAGUGGUACUGUGGACUUGCGUUAAAAGCCUGGGUGUUUGA